AUGGAAGAGGAGAUUCGCAAUCCAGAAGAUGUUCGCAAUGAAAUCGAAGAACAGAUGAAUGAGGCGAUUAAACUUACAAUGGCAACCAUGGGACUUGAACUUGAUGAUCAAGAAGCCAUUAAUAUGGUUAAAACAGCUCUUAGGAACAAACUGAAAGAGAUUAUCGGAACAGUUGCAUUCCAUUCGAAUGGUGAUCAAAAUAGUGCUAACGUUUUGAAAUUAAAAUAUCUCAAAUUGGCCCUUGCAGAACGCGAUAUCAAAGUUGAUCGUCCAGAUUACAUUGUUGAACAACAACAAUCACAAUCAAAGGCUAUGAAUACAAGAAAUAGAAAAUCCAGUAACAAGUAA